AUGGCUCAACCCCACGCCCUGCUCCACGUUACACUUGAUGUCACCGUCUACAUCGAAGAGAUGGUAAGUCAGCUUCUGACACACGACCUGGCAUUGGUGACUCUCACCAGUCGACAAUUUCCCGCUUCUGACCUACGCCUUGGCAUUUCCAUCUCCGUCCAGGUCGAUGAUCCUGUUGAGUCAUACUUCUAUGCUAGGCGUCGCUUCUGGGGUGCCAUACUACUGCCUUCGCCCGCUACCGACGCCUCCAGCAUUAACGUGGUUGUGGCCGAACCCUAUGGGCGUCCAAUACUCAAUCCCUAUUCAUUCUACGCCCUUCGUGGGCCACUUACCAUUCCACCAUACUCGUUUCCUCCGACUUUAACUGUCAACAUUGAUCAACUUCUUGAACUAAAUCCUGCAGUUGAUCAUUGUUCUGAUCCACACGACGUCGCCAGCGCUUCGGGCACUGGACGCGUUGUGUCUCGUGAAUUCAGCCAACCUAGAGGCUAUUGGUUAAUCAUGGUACAACACCGCGGUUAUGACCACACCGACCGAGUUCAUCGCGACUUCCAGUUUGAAUACUUCGCCAGUGCCCCAAUGAUCCAGCACGUUGGGCUGGAGCUCUUCACGCCGGGACACAUCUUAACAUUGUUGUCAGCCAUCUCUUCCUACUCCCCGGUCAAUGCUCGUUUCUCUAUGAGACUUUUGCAUGCUUCUGCUGCGAUCCUUCAAUAG